AAGCAGCGCGCGAGCGCGUGACGCGACCCGGUGUGCUCGUGCCCUCCCGCGCCCGGGUGUCUGUCGCUCCCUCAAUGCCCGGGCCGCUGUGAACUCGGCGCGUUGAGGCGGGCCUGGAGCAGAGGUGGGGCCGCCGUCGUGGCCCUUGCAGCCCGCCGACUCGUCGCUUGCCCGCGGUGCCCGCGCACGCCGACCGCCAUAGGCUUCGCGCCUGGCUGGCGGGGACGCUGUCCUCCCCGGCCGUCCGCGCUGCUCCCUGGAGCUCGGCGGAACGCUGCAGCCCGGAGCGGCGGAGGCGCCAGGAACCGGACGCCGCCGCCUGGGACGCCGCCGCGGGGGCCAUGACCGUGGAGCAGAAUGUGCUGCAGCAGCAGAGCGCGGCGCAGAAGCACCAGCAAACGUUUUUAAAUCAACUAAGAGAAAUUACUGGAAUUAAUGAUGCUCAGAUUCUACAGAAAGCUUUGAAGGAUAGUAAUGGAAACUUGGAAUUAGCAGUGGCUUUUCUUACUGCAAAGAAUGCCAAGACCCCUCAGCAGGAGGAGGCCACAUACUACCAAACAGCACUUCCUGGAAAUGAUCGCUAUAUUAGUGUGGGAAGCCAGGCAGAUGCAAAUGUGAUUGAUCUCACUGGAGAUGAUAAAGAUGAUCUUCAGAGGGCAAUUGCCUUGAGUUUGGCGGAAUCAAACAGGGCAUUCAGGGAGACUGGAAUAACUGAUGAGGAGCAAGCCAUUAGCAGAGUUCUUGAAGCCAGCAUAGCAGAAAAUAAAGCAUGUUUGAAGAGGACUCCUACAGAAAUUUGGAGGGAUUCUCGAAACCCUUAUGAUAGAAAAAGGCAGGACAGAGCUCCUGUUGGGCUAAAGAAUGUUGGCAAUACUUGCUGGUUUAGUGCUGUUAUUCAGUCUUUAUUCAAUCUUUUGGAAUUUAGAAGAUUAGUCCUCAAUUAUAAGCCUCCAUCCAAUGCUCAAGAUUUACCACGAAACCAAAAGGAGCAUCGGAAUUUGCCUUUUAUGCGUGAACUUCGAUAUCUGUUUGCACUUCUUGUUGGAACAAAAAGGAAAUAUGUUGAUCCAUCACGAGCAGUUGAAAUUCUUAAGGAUGCUUUUAAAUCAAAUGACUCUCAGCAGCAAGAUGUAAGUGAAUUUACACACAAAUUAUUGGACUGGUUAGAAGAUGCCUUUCAAAUGAAAGCUGAAGAGGAAACGGAUGAAGAAAAACCAAAGAACCCGAUGGUAGAGUUGUUCUACGGACGAUUCCUAGCCAUGGGAGUACUUGAAGGUAAAAAAUUUGAAAAUACUGAAAUGUUUGGCCAGUACCCACUUCAGGUGAAUGGUUUCAAAGACUUACAUGAGUGCCUAGAAGCCGCUAUGAUUGAAGGAGAGAUUGAAUCUUUACAUGCAGAGAAUUCAGGAAAAUCAGGACAAGAGCAUUGGUUUACUGAACUGCCCCCUGUGUUAACAUUUGAACUGUCAAGAUUUGAAUUUAAUCAGGCAUUGGGAAGACCAGAAAAAAUUCACAACAAAUUAGAAUUUCCUCAAGUUUUAUAUCUGGACAGAUACAUGCAUAGAAACAGAGAAAUAACAAGAAUUAAGAGAGAAGAGAUCAAGAGACUUAAAGAUUACCUCACAGUAUUACAGCAAAGACUAGAAAGAUAUUUAAGCUAUGGUUCGGGUCCUAAACGAUUCCCCUUGGUAGAUGUUCUACAGUAUGCAUUGGAAUUUGCCUCAAGUAAACCUGUUUGUACUUCUCCUGUUGAUGAUAUUGAUGCUAGUUCCCCAUCUAGUGGUCCCAUACCAUCACAGACAUUACCAAGCACUGCAGAACAGCAGGGAGCAGCUUCUUCAGAACUGCCAAGCACAUCACCUGCAGCAAUUACUGCUAUUUCGUCAAGAUCAGUAAUACACAAACCCUUCACACAGUCUCGGAUACCUCCAGAUUUGCCGAUGCAUCCGGCACCAAGACACAUAACAGAAGAAGAACUUUCUGUCCUAGAAAGCUGUUUACAUCGCUGGAGGACAGAAAUAGAAAAUGACACCAGAGAUUUGCAGGAAAGCAUAUCCAGAAUCCAUAGAACAAUUGACCUAAUGUACUCUGACAAAUCUAUGAUCCAGGUUCCUUAUCGCUUACAUGCAGUUUUAGUUCACGAAGGCCAAGCAAAUGCAGGACAUUACUGGGCAUACAUUUUUGAUCAUCAUGAAAAUAGGUGGAUGAAGUACAAUGACGUUGCUGUGACCAAGUCUUCAUGGGAAGAGCUAGUGAGGGACUCUUUUGGUGGUUAUAGAAAUGCCAGUGCAUACUGUUUAAUGUACAUAAAUGAUAAGGCACAAUUCUUAAUACAAGAGGAAUUUAACAGAGAAACUGGGCAGGCUCUUGUUGGAAUAGACACAUUACCACCGGAUUUAAGAGAUUUUGUUGAGGAGGACAACCAAAGAUUUGAAAAAGAAUUAGAGGAAUGGGAUGCACAGCUCACCCAAAGAGCUUUGCAGGAAAAGCUUUCAGCAGCUCAGAAACUGAGGGAGUCAGAGUCCUCCGUAACAAAAGCACAAGCGGGAGAACCAGAAUAUCUAGAGCAGCCAUCAAGAUGUGAUUUCCCAAAGCACAUGAAAGAAGAAACUAUCCAAAUAAUUACCAAGACAUCACAUGAGCAUGAAGAUAAAAGCCCUGAAACAGUUUUGCAGUUGGCAAUAAAAUUGGAAUAUUCAAGGUUGGUUAAGUUGGCUCAAGAAGAUACCCCACCAGAAACAGAUUAUCGUCUACACCAUGUCGUGGUCUAUUUUAUCCUGAACCAAGCACCAAAGAAAGUCAUUGAGAAAACAUUGUUGGAGCAAUUUGGAGAUCGAAAUUUGAGUUUUGAUGAAAGGUGUCACAACAUUAUGAAAGUUGCUCAAGCAAAGCUUGAAAUGAUAAAACCUGAAGAAGUGAAUUUGCAGGAAUAUGAGGAAUGGCAUCAGGAUUAUAGGAAAUUUAGAGAAACAACUAUGUAUCUCAUAAUUGGGCUAGAAAAUUUUCAAAGAGAAAGUUACAUAGAUUCCUUGCUGUUCCUUAUCUGUGCUUAUCAUAACAACAAAGAACUCUUCUCUAAAGUCCUGUACAGAGGACAGGAUGAAGAAUUAAUAUCCCAUUAUAGAAGAGAAUGUUUACUAAAAUUAAAUGAACAAGCCGCUGAACUGUUUGAAUCUGGAGAGGAUCGGGAAGUGAAUAAUGGUCUAAUUAUCAUGAAUGAGUUUAUUGUCCCAUUUUUGCCCUUAUUACUGGUGGAUGAGAUGGAAGAGAAAGAUAUUCUUGCUGUGGAGGAUAUGAGAAAUCGAUGGUGUUCCUACCUUGGACAGGAAAUGGAAUCAAACCUCCAAGAAAAGCUGACAGAUUUUCUACCUAAACUCCUUGAUUGCUCUACAGAGAUUAAAGGUUUUCACGAGCCUCCGAAGCUACCUUCCUAUUCCACACAUGAACUCUGUGAAAGAUUUGCCCGAAUAAUGUUAUCCCUCAGUCGAACUCCUGCUGACGGAAGAUGAGCAGCACACACUUUCCCUAAGCACACUGUAUAAACAUUUUUUAGCUCUUAACCCUUGCCUUCCUAUCACAGGGUAUGCUUGUUGCUGCUAUAGUUUUUAACUUUUUUAUUUUAAUAACCGCAAAAGACAAAAUGACUAUACAGACUUUAGCCAGACUGCAGUCAAUAAAGCUGAGAAUCGCAUGGCGCUCAGACUUUCUUUUAACCAGAACCUAUGUAUAAUUGCAUAUCUGAUUGAUUUUAUCAUGGCAAACCAUGCUUUUGCCACCUGUUUCAGUAUUACUUUGCUUUUAUCUUUUCUUUAUCAAUAGCUUUCCACUCAGUGUUGGCCCUCCCUUGACUGCAGCCAUUAAAGUGUUCAGCAUUAUGUACAAUAUAUAAUAUUUGGUAGCUUGUAAAGGAAAUUGAAGAAUAAAGUUUUAUUUAUGGCUA